CCACCAAAACCCAAAUUCCGAAUUCCUCCCCGCGCUGCCCGCCCCCAAAUUCAUCAUCAUCAAUCAUCUUCUCUCCAAUUCUCCCAGAUCCCCAAUUCAGCACACCUCCAUUUCCACUUUGAUUGAUCGAUUGAUUGAUGCGCCAAUGGUGCGAGAGCUGCGGGUCGACUCCUUCUACGCGCGCCUCCGCGCCGCCGCCGCGGCGUCCGCGGCCGACGCCUCCUCGCCGCUCCUGAUCCUCCCCUCCGCCGCCGACGCCGACGCCCUCUGCGCGCUCAAGGUGCUCACCCACGUCCUCUCCGCCGACUCCAUCCGCUUCUCCAUCUACCCCGUCGCCUCCGCCGCCGCCGCCGCCUCCCUCCUCGCUUCCUUCUCCGCCUCCCAGGCGCUCUGCCUCCUACUCAUCAACUGGGGCGCCCACCGCGACCUCCGCGCCGUGCUGCCCCCCGCCGCCACCGCGUUCGUCGUGGACUCCCACCGCCCUAUACAUCUCCACAACCUUUCCGCCGCCAACGACCGCGUCGUCGUGCUCUUCACCACAGACGACGAGCACACCGCCGAUCUCUCCUACGACUUCGACGUCUCCUCCCUCGCCGACGCCUCCGACCUCUCCGCGCAGGGGGAUGCCGACGACCACCUCCGCGUCGCCGAGGAGGACGAGGACUCCGACGAUUCCGACUCGGAUUCCGACGCCGAGGGCGGCAGGAGGAAGAGGAGGCGGCUCUCCGAUGAUGCGGAUGCCGACGGCGACCCGGAGAGGCUGUUCGGGAAGCUGCGGAGCGAGUACUACCGGCUCGGCACCUUCCACGGGAAGCCGUCGGGGUGCCUCAUGUACGACCUCGCCCACGCGAUGCGGAAGAACACCAACGAGCUCCUCUGGCUCGCCUGCGUCUCCCUAACUGACCAGUUCGUCCACGAGCGCAUCACCAACGAGCGCUACCAGGCUGCCGUCAUGGAGCUCGAGCAGCACAUCAACGGAUCUGGCAAUCUCGACCCAUCAGGAGUUGGCUCGGUGGUGACGCUCAAGGACGGCACAAAGAUCCGGGCGCCGGAGGCUUCCCGCAUCGCCUAUGAAGACGAGCCGCGGCUGAUGCUGCUGCGUGAGUGGAGUUUGUUCGACUCAAUGCUCUGCUCGUCUUACGUCGCUACCAAGCUCAAGACCUGGAGCGACAAUGGCCUGAAGAAGCUCAAGCUGCUUCUGGCAAGGAUGGGAUUCCCACUCGCCGAUUGCCAGAAGAGGUUCCAGUACAUGAGCAUGGAGGUCAAGCGGAAGAUGCGUGAUGAGUUUGAUCGGUUCUUGCCCGAGUAUGGGCUCACCGAGUUCUAUUAUCGCAGCUUCUUGAGGGUGCAUGGGUACCGCUCCAAGGUUUCUGCUGCGGAUGUUGUUUAUGGCGCCACGGCUUUGCUUGAAUCACUGAAUGCUGAGUCCAAGGACUCCAAGGGAUCUUCUGCUGCUGAACAGUUCUGGGUUGCAUACUCGGCGUUGUCACUAAGCAAUGUGGAUCAGCUGCGGAAAGGUAUGCAGUCCGCCAUUGAGAUACAAAGGGCAAUACUGAGGCAAGGAAGCUCAGCAAUUACCAAGACCGGGUUCAUUCGGAGUGCCAAGAAGUUUCGGUGGGUGAAGCUUGAUGACCCAGUGGACACAGAUAAGCUUUGCCACCCUCAGGCUCUUACCAAGUUCUGCUUUUUCCUGAUGGAUGCACUGAAAGAGCGGGGUGCGAGGAUGAAGCCACUAAUCUGUGCUUGCCUCUCAAGGGAGCCUGAGAAAGUGCUUGUUGUCGGGGUGUGUGGGAAGCCAAGGCUGGGGGCUGUUAAGGGAAAUGCGUUUGGUAAUGCAUUUAGGUCAGCUGCAGAAGAAAUUGGUGCAGACUAUUUCCAUGACAUGUUUGAGUCAUCAUGGAUUGUUCUUGACGUUGUUGCUGUCAGCUCUUUCAUGAUUCGGUUAACAGAGAAGCUAUGAUGGCAUGUGAUUGUCUAGCGUUAGUGAUUCUUUUCAGUUCCCAUUGAGAUGGGAGCAUGAGGCUGAUUCUCUGUUGAAAACUCUUAAUAAAGGAGCUUGAGGGCUGGUGGAGUGGUCGUAAUGGCACAUCCUAUUUUCCUCAUCUACCUACAUGAUAUUCACUGAGUUAAGAAUAGCAGCCUGGCAACCAUUGCCUGAUUUUCAAAGUUCAGUUGUUCAAUGACUGCCUGUUGUUUCCUCAGUGUAACUGCUCCAUUGUUACAAAGAAUAGAUCAAUAGAUUCAGAAACAAACCUGAUUCUAACACACAAAUGGGCAAGGUACAUCUGCUUGCUGAUUUUCUUUACUAACUAGAAUGAAUCGAUGUUUGUAUUUGUAGUUCUUCCAUAAGCUUGUAAUCUGAAUUGUAGAAUAGUUUUGUAUUCAGUUCUUUAUGAUUGCAGUUACUUGAUACUCUUGAAGUGUAUAACUGAUAACCUUCCCAAGCACACCAACUUGUUACAUUUAACCACCACCGUAACUGCAGACCUAUGCUUAUAUAUUACAAUCAUAUAUUUGUUGGAGCAUUUUGUUUUCUUGUUCACAGUAUAUGACUGUAAACUUAGGUUCUGCUUUCCUUGGUCAGGGUAGAUGACUGUAUAUCUACGAUAUGCUCUGU